CCAGAUGGCAGUGUAGUAUUUUUAAAUGGCGACUACCACUUUACAGCAGGCAUGGUAUGGAAGGUUACCGAUAAUACAAAGCUCCUACUCAUUUUCGUUAGGCAGUAUUAAUAAAUAUGCUGCUAGUAUCAUAUUACAUCAAAGAUGCAAUGGAAGGAAAAGGAUAUUGCAUACUUGCUCCAAACUCAGUUAUUCAAAUAAAAUAGGUGAAGGACCUGAUCUUCAUGAUUUCAUUGCUGGUGUCAUUCCUAGAGGAUCAACUUAUUCUGAUUACAAAGGAGAACUUAAAUUAAAUACUGCUGAUAGAAAAAGCCGACUCAGGUUACCACCAUGGUUGAAAAGCAAAAUUCCUGUUGGUAAGAACUAUCAUCAUUUAAAAGAAACUUUAAGGAAUUUAAAUCUGCAUACAGUAUGUGAAGAAGCUAGGUGUCCUAAUAUAGGUGAAUGUUGGGGUGGUGGUGAAUAUGGUACUGCUACAGCAACUAUCAUGUUGUUAGGUGAUACUUGCACACGAGGAUGCCGUUUUUGCUCUGUCAAAACUUCAAGAACUCCUCCUCCACCUGAUCCCAAUGAACCUAAGAAUACUGCCAAAGCUAUAGCUGAUUGGAAUUUAGAUUAUGUUGUUUUGACUUCAGUAGACAGAGAUGAUAUUUCUGAUGGAGGAUCUAGUCAUAUAGCAGAGACAGUUACUGAGCUUAAAAAAAGGAAACCAACAAUAUUAGUGGAAUGCCUAACUCCUGAUUUUAGAGGUGAUUUACAUGCUGUAGAGGUAGUAGCAUUAAGUGGCUUAGAAGUAUAUGCUCAUAAUAUUGAAACUGUUGAACCUCUUCAAAGAUACAUUCGAGAUCCAAGAGCAAAUUAUGAACAAUCAAUUGAAGUCCUUAGACAUGCCAAAAGAGUAAAAAAACAAUUAAUUACAAAAACAUCCAUUAUGCUUGGUUUUGGAGAAACAGACGAUAUGGUUAAAGCAACUAUGGAAGAUCUUAGGAAGGCUGACGUAGACUGUCUUACGUUAGGACAAUACAUGCAACCUACUAAAAAGCAUUUGAAGGUAGCUGAAUAUCUCCCACCUGAUAAAUAUAAAUACUGGGAAGAGUAUGGAAACCAGUUGGGAUUUCUUUAUACAGCCAGUGGCCCUUUAGUCCGAUCAUCGUAUAAAGCAGGGGAAUUUUUCUUAAAAAAUCUUGUGAAACGUAGAAUUUCUCAACAUCAGCUUGAAAAUUAAGUACAUUUCAUUUAGCAUUAUUGUACAGGUUGUAAAUAAAAUUUUUUCUUUAAAUGAAAAGUUUUCAAUAUGCAA